CUUCUGAAUGGCUGUACCCAGGGGAUGCCCAGCAGGUGUUUCAGCAAACUGCGCUGAAGUCUCGGCAGAGAGCCAGGUGGGGGCAUGGACGGUCAGCACACGUGUGGGGGAAAAGCGGACCUGGGGGCACUUGCUGACAGAAGCCGUGGCAGUCAGGCACCAGCUGCAGCUAGGGAUGGGCAGGCAGUUCUUGCAGCCAGCUGAUUUCCAAGCAUUGCCUUCCUCAAGAGACGACAUUGCAUAGCAGAAGAAAGCUGGGAAAAUGCUUCUUCCUCAUGAUUUUUCCCUUGUUGAUGCUUUCUGUAGGUUCCUCUCCAAAAGGAGAACUCAGGAAUCCAGGCAGCUGAAGAUUGCGGCGCUGCAGGCGAUGUCAAGGACAAAACCUGUGCAUCUGUGGAACGGUGCGGGGCAAGGAGGGAAACGUAAAGCCUCCGCAGAAGCUGAUGCCAGUGGCCUUCCUCUGAAGCGCAGCCACGUGGAAAGCCAGGAGUGUGGCACAGCACCCAAGAGAGCAGUGGCGAGCAGCUCGGAUGUGCCGGAGGACAUCACGGACAUCCAGGGUUUGCUCUCUUGGAUCAAUGACGUGGCAAGAGCUGCUGAGGUCCCCCAGGAGAACCCCAGCAGCCCUGCCCCCGGAUGUCUCAUCGCUGAGCUCCCUGACAACCCUGGGGACAGCAGAGAGCUCAGCACACAGGCUGCUACCGGGACGCCCACCGACCCCUUCUGGGGGCUUCCUCCAUCCCCCGGGCUCCUGUCUGAGCUGCAGUGCGGGCUGUCGGAGCUGCGCCCCGUCGUGCCACCAGCGAGCGCCCGGCUCAGCCCACGGCCGACCACCCUGGCCGUCAGCGCACCUCCCUCAGCGCAAAGCGCACAGCCCACCGAGGAGGUGCAGCAAAGGCAGCCCCAGGAGGCUCAGGCUCACUCGCCCCCGUCGCCAGGCUCUGUCCCCAGCCAGGUGGCAGAAAAGAAGAACAGGGGCAGCACCAAGCGGGGGGCCAAGCGCCCUGCGCCUGCCGGCACCCUGCAGAAAGGGGAGAGAUCCCAGCAGGAGCAGCCCACCAGCAGCGCUCCUGCCAAGAAAAGGAAGCUGCCGCCCCGCGGGGAAAGAGCAGAGAGGAAAGGCCGCAAACAGCCGUGCCAAGCAAAGCUGUCUGGGGCCGGAGCAGGAGCCAGCGAGCUGCGCAAUCACCUGCAGCAAUGCAUCCAGGCCGUGCACCCGCUGGGGCAGAGGGUGACUGCGGUGGGCCCGGCGGGUGGCGGUGUAAUACCGCUGGUGAUGGAGGAGUCGCUGCCCAUCACAGCGGAGCAGCGGCCCGAGCGGGAGCGCAUGAAGAACCUGGCCCAGGAAGAGCGGCAGCGGGCGGCCCAGCAGAUGAAGAUCGGCCCCGUGCAGUUCCUGGUGCAGCGGGAGAUAGACAUGGCCAUCGCCGACCAGUACGGCUACCCGUAA